AUGGAGCUGGGGUUAAGGGUUGUCCGAGGUCCUGCCUGGAAGUGGGGAAACCAGGACAGCGGGGAAGGACAUGUCGGGACAGUCGUGGAAAUCGGCAGACCUGGCAGUCAGACCUCGCCAGAUAAAACUGUGGUUGUGCAGUGGGACUCCGGGGCUCGAACCAACUAUCGAGUCGGCUACCAGGGAGCUUAUGAUUUACGCAUAUUUGACAGCGCAACUGUUGGUAUUAAACAUACCAAUAUUAUCUGCGAUGCAUGCAAGACCCAGGGUGUGCAAGGGAUGCGCUGGAAGUGCACCAAAUGUCAUGACUUUGACCUGUGCACCUUGUGUUACAUGAACGACAAACAUGACGUCCUUCACUCCUUCCUGAGGUUCGACACACCGUCAUCUAAGGGAGUCAAAGUGCCGAAGCGAGCCAACAGCCAGAGCCAAAAGUGCCAAGCUGUUGGCGUAUUUGCGGGGGCAAAGGUCACACGAGGGCCUGACUGGGAUUGGGGCAACCAGGAUGGCGGUGAAGGCAAGGUUGGAAAGGUUUCUGACAUCCGGGGCUGGGACACUGAAUCAGGCCGCAGUGUGGCCCAUGUUACGUGGUCGUCGGGGUCUAUGAACGUCUACCGUAUGGGCCACAAAGGCAAAGUGGAUCUGAAAUAUGUGCAUGCGACAAGUGGGGGCCCGUACUACAGGGAUCAUCUGCCAGUGUUGGGUGAGUUCACAGAGGCGGAGGGCCCAGGCACACCCUGUCAGUUCAGAGUCGGAGACAAAGUGCGAUGUGACCUGGAAGUGGAUAUACUGAAACAGAUGCAAGAGGGUCAUGGCGGAUGGAAUCCACGGAUGUCAGAGUACCUGAAAAGGAUUGGGACGGUUCACAGGAUCACGGACAGAGGGGAUGUCAGGGUGCAGUACGAGGGAUGUACCAACAGGUGGACCUUCCACCCUGAUGCUCUGACUAAGGUUCGAACCUUCCACGUGGACGAUUACGUGAGGAUCUGUGAGAACCUGCAGCAGGUGAAAGAGUGGCAGGCGGGGCAUGGUGAAUGGACGGAUACGCUGGGUAAAACUGGCAUUGUGAAAAAAGUUUACGGAGACGGAGACCUCCGGGUGCUGCUGGCAAACCAGGAGUGGACUUUCAAUCCUUUGUGUUGCACACUGGUUCCCCACGGAGCAGAGGAUAUGAACAACACUUUAGGAUCUGUCCAUGACCAGAGAUCUGCAAUUCGUGACUUGCCGGAGCUGCGGUCCUCACAUGGCCAGGAGACUGGGCCAGAUCGGCUGGUCAGGGAAGCUGCCCAGGGACACAUCGAAGUGGUCAAGGAUAUUCUCAUGAAAUACCCAGACAAGGUUGACCAGCAGAGCGCAGGUAAGUCGGCUCUGCAGGUGUCCAGCCACCAAGGCCACAAGGACAUUGUCCAGCUACUUCUGUCGUGUGGGGCCAGCCUGGAGGUCAAGGACGAGGAUGGGGACUCUGCCUUGCAUUACUCCGCUUUCGGCAACCAGCCUGAAGUGAUGCACCAGCUGCUGAUGAAAGGGGCCAAAAUUGAUUCCUUGAACAACGGCGGCUGCAGCACCCUCCAUGUGGCGGUCAACAAACAGCAUCAGGAGUGUGUCAGAGUGCUGCUCUCCUGGGACUGCAAUGUCAACAUUCAGGACGCCUAUGGGGACACAGCCCUGCACGACGCCAUCGGCAAGGAGAACCAUCAGAUCAUCGAGCUGCUGGUAAGCUACAAGAGCAUUGACUUCACGCUGAAGAACAAGCGGGGCUUCAACGUCCUGCACCACGCCGCUCUCAAGGGCAAUGUGUUUGCCACGGAGAAGAUUCUGCAAAGAUGUCCGCAGAUUGUGGACCUCAAGAAAGACGAUGGCUUCUCCGCCCUGCAUCUGGCAGCCUUGAAUGGCCACCGGGACGUGGCUGCCAUGUUGUUACGUUUUGGAGCUGAAAUUGAGAUCCGGAACAACCGCCGGCAGACGCCGCUCUUUCUGGCAGUUUCCCAGGGCCAUACCUCCAUCAUUGAGUUGCUGGUGAGUAAGAAGGCGAACGUGAAUGUGACAGACGAGGACGGAGACACCUGUCUUCACCUGGCCCUGAUGAAACAGAUGGUGACUGCUGAGAAAGACAACUCGCCCGUGUUGGGUUCUAUCAGCAGUAAGCUGGGGAUGAGCGACAAGGAGGAGAAGCUGGGGGCGGUCAUCGCCUGCUACCUGGCCCAGCAGGGAGCUGACCUCAAGAAGAAGAACAACCAGGGCAAGACUCCGCUGGACAUCAUCAGUGACCCCAAGGUGGAGGAGGCAAUCAAGGAGUUUGCAACCAGUUUCACGCUAAAACAAGAGUCCAUUAAGGGGCAAGGCCAGAUCCCAGGCAAGGAAGAAUGUGAACUGUGCUGUUCGCCAACGGCGCUGGUUCGGUUCGUCCCCUGCGGCCACCAGAUGGUCUGUGUGGAGUGCUGCGUGAAGAUGAAGAAGUGCUUGCAGUGUAAGACGCCCAUUAAUCACAAGAAGACUCAAGAUGGUCAUGUCAUUAGAACUGAGGGAUCCACCUCACAGUCGGAGGAAGCCGUCCUCAAGAAACGGCUACAAGAACUCGAGGACACAAUCAACUGUCCCAUCUGCAUGGAGCGGCAGCGGAACCGGGUCUUCCAAUGUGGCCACGCCACAUGCAGUCAGUGUGCCGACUCUCUACGGAUCUGCCCCAUCUGCAGAAAGGUCAUCAAGCAGAAAAUUAAUUUAUUUUGA